AAACACCAAAAGUUUGGCCCAGGGACGCGUUGGAUGCCUUCGUGUUACCUUCGUAGGGUUAGGGUUAGCCUCUUAUUGGCUGAUAACGCGAAGGGUUAACCAUCACAACAGCACGCUUAGCGCUAGGCUCAACCUCACGCACGCACUUACAUACCUAUACGCCUUCACGCAAUAAUGAAUACUCGAAGUGCCGCAGGACGCUCAAAGCGUGCAUCUGCUCAGAAUGAAAAUCGCGAACCGAGACGUAGCAACCGAAGAAACGGCCCAGUUCAGCGUGCAACAAGCCCAACAAAGAAUAUUAUUAACCAGCCCGUACCUGGACCUGGUAGGGUUUUACUGAACGAUCCGGUCGCUCGCCGUAACCCGCCUCCUCAGGCUCGAGACGACAUCAGUAUCCCGUCGAAUCCACUAAGGCCUGACGAUGAAACCGAAUUCUGGGAUGAGUAUGAUCAUGCGCAACCAGAAAACUCCGGCGAAGAACUUCAGCUUGGUCUAGAAAUCACCACAGCACAGCAAAGGAUCCUGGAGCUAAGUGUUCCAGACUUAGCAAGAGCUGCCGAUAGCCUGUUUGAUUGCUUCCAAGGAAAUGAAGCUGACGAUGUCUUCAAUGGAAUCUUGGCCAUUAAGCGACGUGCUUUUCACACCAUCAGAGGAGAAUAUGAUGCACUUGAUCAGUCUAGCACGGCACCAUUCAUUGAUUUCGCGCACUUUGUGGAUGACACUCCUACUCAAAACCAAAGCGUUAGGGUGACUCAGAUCGCACGCACCAAUGUUGUGACAGCUUACGACAAGCUUUACGGGCUUGAGAAUGAGGAGGCAUCGGCCAUCUUUCCAUUCCUUGAAUGCCUCAACCGGGUUUUGCCUGCAUUUUUUACCCCAGCUAAUAAUAUGUUCCAAAACCCUCAGAGCACCUUGCACCUCCGGACCUGGUUGUUUGUCGAAGAUCUUUCUCAUCGCAAGGACGAAAAGGACUUUCGGGAGCUUCUUGUUUCUUAUUUCUGCAAAGACGAAGAGAUUUUGAAGGAUUUGGACAGAUCGGGACACAAGGGCGAAGGAGAGCUUCCUUCAUAUCCAGAACUUUUUUCUGGGGGUUACUUCAGAGACCUCGGCGGUGUUGAAGGUGUCGAUCACGAUGUUGAUGAUCUCUGCUCAGCACGGAUUGCUCAGAUUAAGAAGAUCAUCGAUGAUAACAAGGAGGAUGAGGGGAUCUCCCAGCUAAGGAAACACUUUCCCCUGCAUAAUUUGGUGGAAGAUCUCUUAAAGUGCUUUGAGAGCUUAUACAAUGUUUUGGCGUUCGAAGAGAGCGUGAGGGCGGGUACUGAGCCUCCUCAACAUGGUCAACAGGAGGCUGCCUACAGCCAAGGCAACGAUUAUGGUUCGGAGUCGCAAUCAAUCGUGCGUGUGGGAAGUCAGGAGGCAGAGCCCAGUCUAUUUGUCGGGCCAAAGUCCAUUCAAGCCUUGCGUGGUGGAAGUCGAGCAACCAGUACUGUUCCCGCUUCCAACCAACAGCUUGCAGGUUUCAGAUCCGGAGUUCCCCGUGAUUAUCAUGAGGAUUCAAAUGCCGACCUCCUGGGUGGUAGCCCAUUUCCCCCCGCAAGUUCUUAUCGUUUAGCUACCAAAGGCGGGAGGGAACGAGAAAGAGGGCAGAAACGACCGCGACUUUCCCAGGAUGACGAAGAUGGGGAAGAUCCAUUUGAGACCGACACUCGGCGUGUUGAUCCAGCGAGGCGAGAUGAGCUGCAACGACAGAUGCCGCCACCUCCAAGGCCACAACCUGUCCCACGGCACCCUUCAAGGCAUGUUUCUGAGAGUUCCUUCUCUUCAGGGCCCGUACACCCCCUUUCUGUGCAGGAGUCGUCGCAGGAUAUGGGGUUACGUUCAGUGUCGCAGGCGCCAUUGUCGUCCAGGCCUUUCAACGCUAUCGCAAAGGCCGCAUCACAAAUGAAAAAGGAGGUUCGUAUGGCAGAUCCAGAGCGACAAGGACCACGACAGCGCGUUCCUUGGAGUGAGCACGACUCCCAGGUCCUUUGUGAUCUUAUUAAGGAAUACGGUGUCCGAUGGUCGUCCAUCGAAACCAUGAGUGAGCGUUUUGAAUAUCCGCGCAAUCAACAGGCGUACCGCGACCGUGCUCGAAACCUCAAGACGGAGCUUCUCAUGAUUGACAUGCCAUUGCCUCCGAAUUUUGACGCAGUAGCUUUGAGCAAUAAAGAAAUUGCAAAGAUCAGAGGAGUUGGGAAGAAUCCGUUUCGUAAAGAGGCUGAUAUUGAUGACGAAAACAAUCCCAUCAAUACUGAGCUUGCAGAAUCCACGCCAUUUUAACAUUGGGCGGCACAGAUACGGAAGUUUGUAAAUUCAACGAGUGGCUAUAAUCAUGUACAAUUCUUCAUUGGCGUUGUGCUUUACAUUAUAUAUCAUGGCGGCCAUAUCGCGUCGCGCCAAUUCUAAUCCAGCUGCUGUGGUGUACAUUUACAAAGUCCUGGUCAAAAUCGCAUGGCAUUUGGCAAUCUCCUCCGACACCUUAGAGUCUACAGAGCCAGCUACACAUAUCAUCAUUCUUGCCCAAACUCUUUGCAAUGGCUGGCGGAAUAGCUAUUGUGUUCUAUACCAUAAGAAAUGGUGCUGAUCAAAGCUCGUCGUGUUCUCAAUUAAGACAACAGCAAUAAGCGCCGGUAUAGUGAUGUCAAGAAGGGUGCGAUUUAUAAGGCGGAGCCGUAAGACGCCCAUAAAGACCUCUCGUUUCAAAGCCAAUGCCACAAACGCCAGUGUCUGAAAAUCAUUGUCGAAAGAGAGAGAAAAAAAGAAGUGAAGGACAUAUCAUGAGCAGUUGAUAAAACCUUGCGAGGCUAGCUCGUCCGUCGGUCUAAAAGUCAAAAGCCGCGCAGUAGAAACAGUCGGGUGUCUCAAUAAAUGGGUAUCAGCCGUAAAGGCGAGUUGAAGCAAUUUUUAUCUGUUUAAGACAGUAAUCUUCCUCGCGAGUUCAGAAAUGUUAUAACAAGAUGACAAAGGGUAUGCUGCAGUUUUCCGGGAAAUGGUAUAGCGUUAAAGUGGUGUGAGCAAAGAAAGAUGGUCGCAGUAAGAGCGUUUGGAUCCAUGUCGCGUCAAGCGAAGACAUGGUUUAGUGACAAAGUGUCUUCUGAUCGUAUGAAGGGCGUGUCCAUCCUGCGUGAUAGGUGCUGCCUUCAAUAAACAGCAUUCAUCGAUGACGAUAGGGGACAUCCCUCUGCUUGAGUCGGUUCGUUCUCCAUCCCUCGUACCACUGUUCCCGACUAGCUUCACGUAGCUCGGCACGCCAUUCGCUGAAAACAGCCUCUUUCAGACGUUGAAAGUCACAGUGUUCUUCAUUGUAAGGAUCAGCAAAACCCCACGGGAACUGUCGGCCAAUGACACCUGGCUCGUACAGAUCCGGGCUGAUGAUGGAAAGUGGCAGGAAAGGGAUCUCAUCUUCCUUUUCUUUGGCCUCUUCUUGUGCUUUAUGUCGUCGAAUGGAGCUGGUGGAUAGUCUCUUGGAGCUUGGAGACGCCGCUGGGCUUUCUCGAUGGCCCUGUAGUGGGAAUUCCUGGCUUUCAGGUGUUUGAGCACCACCGCGUUCGUGUCCGGCCUCAUCUUCCUCCUCGUCCUCCUCGGCAAUCCUUUCGGAAGUGAUGCUGCUCUCAUCCUCAUCAUCGAGGCCAAGUGCCUCCAAGGGAUCUAGGCCCGAUUUCUUGAUGCUGUCCCAAACGCUUCGUUUGAGAACAUUCAUAUGCUUGGUGGUAAUGGUGUCGGCCUUGGCAAUGACUGGGAUCACAGUAGUCUUGCCCUGGAGCGUACGCAGAACCUGCAAAUCAAGGUCUUCAUCCAGGCUCCCCAGCACACGCGCACCAAGGUGUCCGUUUUGCUGACCAUUGAUAGCUGGGUUCCUCGCUGAUGCAAUGUUGCGAUCCAAUCGAGAAGGAUCAAGGACAAGGAAAGUCGCAUGGAUGUGGGUGUCUUGUACACCAGGGGAGCGUACAACCUUCAUUUCCUCUGCAAAGGUUUCCUCAAACUUGCUUUCAAGAAAUGCGGACAUUUCCCUAAGUUGAAGGUCGACUACAUUCUUCUCCAGGCCUUCUGAGUCCCAGAUGGUGAGGCCAACACGCUCCCCGUCAAUCUCGGUUUCAAGGUAGUGUGGAAUAAAAUUUCCAGAGGGAGUGUUGCGAUUCUGCGGCACUUCAUCAUCGCCCUUCUUGGCUCGUUUCUUGGGUGGAAGAGCGAGCGCUGUUUUGAGAAACUCGAGAAAGGAUGUUUUUCCAGAGUUACGAGUACCAAUGACUAGAAUGCUGGUUUUGGUGUUAGCACACGAC